AUGGGGUACGGGUGGCACUGUGAACGUUUGUCCUGUUCCAGGGGAGUCUUUGUUUUGUUGAUGAUGCUCAUGAACGGAGGUUCAAAGGCAACAAGGGAAGAAUUCAUUCAAGCACUCCUUAUUGACUAUGACAGUAGAAUCCAGCCAAAUUUUGAAAAUGAUUCUUACACGGAUGUCAAUGUCAGCCUCUUCAUCAACAGUGUGGACUCCAUCAGUGAGCAGACUAUGGAUCUUCAGUUGAACAUGUUCAUACAACAGGAAUGGAUAGAUGCACGCCUACAGUUCUAUGAUCUUAUCUCGGGCUAUCUUGAACUCGACUCCAAGUUGAUUGACCUUAUCUGGGUUCCCGACCUCUACGUCACCAAUGAAAAGAAGGCGUCAUUCCAUGAUGUCACAGUGCCCAACAAAAUGCUCCAUCUUUACGACAACGGUCGAAUCGUGUACAGACUUCGUGUGUCUGUCACAGCCUCAUGUCCGAUGAAGCUUCACAAAUAUCCAAUGGACUCGCAAAUAUGUGCGCUGUAUAUGCAAAGCUUUGCCUUUACUAGGAACAAUCUACGAUUUCGCUGGAGAAAGGUCAAUCCCAUACAAACCAAUGAAAAGAUGGAACUACCUCAGUUUGACCUUCAAGAACACCACGUAACGGAAUCCCUGGGUGAGUGUGUGGGAGGGGGUAACUUCACCUGCAUACAGUUGGAGAUGCAUUUCAACAGGAACAUCGGUUAUUUCGUCAUACAAGUCUACAUACCUACAAUUCUCAUUGUGCUACUGUCGUGGGUCUCCUUUUGGCUGAGUAUAGACGCGGUCCCAGCUCGAAUCUCUCUAGGAAUCCUCACGGUUCUUACACUGACCAAUCAGAGAACGACCUUGGCGUCGUCCGUGCCACAAGUGUCCUAUAUCAAGGCACUCGAUGUCUGGAUGGCAGUGUGUCUGGGUUUUGUCUUCGCCGCCAUGCUGGAAUACGCCUUAGUAAAUGUCAUGGAACGAAAGGAUGGAAAGAAAUGUGACAGCAUUGACCCCGAUGUAACCAAAAUGAAAGUUCGGAAACGAGGAGAACAAAUCGAUCGUAUUUCAAGACUAGCGUUCCCGCUGGUUUUCAUGGGUUUUUGUGCAUUGUACUGGAUUGUGUACACUAUAUAGUAGUGCACUAGUGAUAUACUGGAUUGUAUACACUGUGUCGUAGUGUACUAGUGAUAUACUGGAUUGUAUACACUGUAUAGUAGUGUACUAGUGAUAUACUGGAUUGUU